GAUUCACGUUUGGAAUUUUUGUUAUUGUCACAUUUUUUGCGUUCGCAGCUGUGUUUUACCUUAAAUAAAUUAAGCAAAAUGGUUUUUGUUAAAAACUGGGAGGACUUUGAGAUUGCCGCCGAGAAUAUGUACAUGGCGAAUCCACAGAAAUGCCGCUACACCAUGAAAUACGUGCACUCCAAGGGACACAUAUUGUUGAAAAUGACGGACAAUGUUAAGUGUGUGCAAUAUAAGGCAGAGAAUAUGCCCGACCUGAAGAAAAUAGAGAAAAUCACAACAAACCUGGUCGGACAUAUGGCGUCCAAGGAAUAAAGCGAACAAAAACAACAACAAAUUUGGCCACGGCAGCAGUUUGUAGCAACAUUGUUAUUGUUCGCUGCAGCUGCAAUUGUUUAGUUAAGUUAAGCAAACUGGUCAAUAUGGCCGACUGCACAUGUGUUCACAAGAGUAGUUACUGUUUAAAUAACAUUUUAUAAAUGUUAGCUCUGUAUACAAAGUCUGAGCCAGGCCACUGCAGUUAUAAAAAAAGAAAACAAUUUACAAUAAUUUUUGUAUUUAUCUAAUUAUACACGGUGACAAUUAGUGCACAAUUCCAUGAAAUGCUUUAAACUUUUAA